CAGACAUAUGGUGCGGCUUCAAAAUCAAGCAAGUCCUAAAAGACGAAAGAACAGGCAGAGUAUGGUACGAGUGGCAGCAAAUAGUAUCGUUCACCACGCGCUUCGUCGACUCCAACACUGGUUUUAUUUUCUGUCUCGACUUUCCCAGGGACAUGCAAGCCCAAUUGCAUAACAAAAUCAUAUCUAAGAAGAUAUAUUGCCCUUGGAAGUGGCAGGUUCUCUUCAUAGAAACCAUGAGAGAUUUAUAUGACGCAUCAGUAUGGUCGUUAAGAGACUGCGUUAGGAAAGCCGAAAAAAGCCGAUCGCAGAAUGUCCACGAUGAUAGAUUCCAGCCUGAUUUUGUUUACCUACAUGACAUGGCUCGGCAUGUGGAUCAUUCUAACGAAACACUGGAUAUCGCUGUCGAUACGGUUCGGUGUGUUCGGAAGAGCAGUAAAGUGUUUGAUAGUAAUAGUAGCUCUGCACAUGGGAUCUCGAGAGACGAGAGGCCUUUAGAGUUCCAAGAUAGGUUGUUCGGUCUGGAAAAAGAACUUAAAGGUAUCAAGCGACGGUCGCAAUCCCUGACAGAGCGUCUCCGUAGUGAGAUCAAUCUGGCUUUCAGCCUAGUAGCUCAGCGCGACAGCCGCGUGAUGGUGGAAAUUGGUCAGGACAGCAAGUCCGACAACAGGAAUGUACGAUCUAUAGCCAUUGUGGGUCUCAUUUAUCUUCCGGGUACAUUUAUCUCUGGUCUGUUCGGAAUGAGCUUUUUUGAACUCAUGGAAGAUGGCAACGGUCAUCAUGUUUGGCAGGUUUCGGAGCGGCUUUGGCUUUACUGGGCUAUUACGAUACCUUUGACGGUUCUCACGAUUAUUGUAUGGGUGGUUUUCUUCCAUGGUGAGGGUUUGAAGCGACAUUUAGGGGGGUUGAAGAGACGAUCGAGGGGUUUGAUAGAAGUCAAGGCAUGA